UAUAUAUAGAUUGGGGAAAUUCCCAAAAUGGUGCGUGAAACAAAAACAUUAGGACACGGAGAUGCCCCGGUUCCGGAGCCUCAACAAAUGCCGACAGUUAGGAAUAUUGUAGUUUACGAUUCUACACGACAGGUGGAGAACUGGGAGCUGGCGUGGGUGGCGCAGAAGGUCUGUGAUACUCCGGACACCCAACAAUGGUUAUACCGGAUGACGGCUACCCUUGGGAGUCAGGAUUACCAGGAUGUGGAGAAGGACGUGAAGGAUUGGGAUCCCGUGGAGAAGGUGUACCGUCUGAUGCUGAGGUGGAAAAAGAAGGAACCUAACGGACUACUACAGCUUAAAACACUGGCGGAAAAACUCCGCUCCAUACAGCACGGGGACAUCGCAGAACAGUUAGAACCAUAGCUCACACUUAACAAGACUCAAAGAAUGGGCACCAUUAUCUGUAAUAUAGUCAAUGAUCUGUAAUAUAGUCAAGCUUGUCAGGAGUUCCUGUUACAGGGGAAUGGAAAAGAUUUAAUUCUAAAAAAAACAUUGUCUUUUAUAAUGUCAAGGGCAUCAUCAAAGAUACAAAAAAAGACCUCUGACAUUUACGCAGUUUAUAAGCUGUUCAUAUCAGUAUGUGUGCAUGUAUAAGUAGACAAAUUAUGCGGUUUGUAAGCUGCAUGUGUGUGUAUGCAUGUAUUAGUAAAACAUAUUAUGUGGUUUGUAAGCUGUGUUUGUGUGUGCCUAAGAUGGAUGGAAAAGGUUUAUUAGAAAAAUGUCUUUCAUUGGUAUAUUUCCUAUUUUGUUUGUGAAAGAUUCAUGAGGAAUAUGAGCUCACAAGUGUUUUUUUCCUUUGAACAUAAUUUGUAAAUACAUAUGUACUACACAGACAAAUUGCUUGUUCAGUUUGUCACUGAUCCUUUAUGUGUAUAUUGUUGUUACCCUUUUCUUUUUGUGGAUAAUAGAGAUCACACAUGACUACACAAAAUGUAGAGAUCCUGAUCCAUUGUAUCAUGUGAUCAUUGUUUCCUUAGCAUGGUAUCCUAUUAAUUUAACAGUAUAAAACACACAUCCAUGUACAAUAAACUUCACAGAGAAUUUCA